CAGGAACACCGACUGCCAGGUCAAAGUCACGGCGCCGCACUGGGUCGGCAAUAUCUUCAAACGCCGUGGCCCGCCACAAACCAAAGUUGUGAAGGCGUCGGGGCUUCGGGAAACUUUCGGAGAGGGAUUACGGGAGUUGUAGUUACGUGGAUGUAAGGAGCUGGAGUCGCAAGUAGAUUGAGGGGGAAGGACUACAAGUCCCAGAGGCAGGUGGCCUCACUGAUCCGUCGUUUCCGGUGAGCGCGGGCGAGAGGAACGGUGCUGAGCCGUACGCGGGAAUCCGGCCUACACUGAAACCAGAGGGACAUGGACCCGGAGUCACAGCUUAAUGAACAGAGAACCGCAGUCCUUUUAGAGUUAAAUAGUAUCCUGUCCACCACUCGGAAUCUUGUGUGUGAGCUCAGGACUCUGGUAGCUUUGACAGACCGAGAAGAAGGGAAACUAGCCCAGUCUCAGAAAAAAGGUAGAUAAAGGAGGGAAUUUCAAACUAUUGCCUUGCCUGGACAUAAUGAAACUUCACAACUGAAGGCCUUGAGCUCCCUGGAAAUCUGGAAGCACCUGUUUGCUGCAGUGUCUGCAGAAGUCAACAGUCCAUUGUUGCAAUAAAAUGGUAGAUGAGGAGACUUCCACAGAUCUAUUGCUUCUAACAGACCCAAACCAUGAAACCAGAUUAUUCAAUGAUGUAAUAUCCAUUGGUGAAACUGAUUCAGAAAAUAACCCACAGUCACUUAAUUCCAUAUCACAUGUUGAUGAAUCUGAUCCAGGUGUCUGGGAGCUGGAUGACUCACUUGUUGAACCGCAAUGUGAUUACAUGUCAGAUCAUUCUCUGACCGCUGGAAUUAGUCCACCAUUGCAGCUGUUUCAGUUACGGGGAACUAGUUCUGGGUUCACUUCACGUAGUCACAGAAUAUUCAGUGGCUUGGAGAAUGCAGUAAAACUUGAUGCUUCUCAGUCCAAAGACAAGAAGAUCAUUGAAGAAGAAUUCGAACAUCCACCAUAUCAAGCUCCUCAGGGAAAGCUGACAGAAGAAUCUCCUUCAGAGAAAAUGAUAGUCAUGGUACCAGCCAGAGCAAGGCAGAGUACGGUCUUGGGUAAAAAGCCACACUCUGUCCCAGACUUCCUUCUGCAUCCAGAACGCUGGACAAAAUACAGCUUGGAAGAUGUUCCAGAAAUGAGCAAUAAGAAAAAUACAGCAGUGGCGCUCGAGUUCAUGGGUGUUUUGAAAAAACGAAAAAAAGAAAAAAAUACAGACAUGCAGCAAGACCUAACCAAAGACCUAACAGACUUCAAUGAAAGCUCCAGUUCCUGUUUCAAUCAAAAAUCUGACAGUGGUGUUGGUAAAAUCGUUUUCAGAAAGCCAUCAAAACCAGAGGUAACAGAAUGGGAUAGUGCUGGCAAAAAGGUUGAUGUGAUCAAGAAGAGAGAGAAGAGCGGUGAACUUGGUUCAGUAGAUCUGGCACUUUCAGAUUGCAGUGAAGUCCCGGAUGCAGAAGCUUGGUGGCAUGAUAAAGAUGUAGCGGAGCUGUCAAAGGACAGGAAACAGAUGACAGCAGAAGAGAAAGAGCAAAACUCAGUCAUAUUUCACAAUGUAAGAAAGAGAAAUCGGAAGAAUAUUCGAAUGAAAUUGAAUGAAGACCGCGAGGAUGACUAAUAUCCACAUGGUUUGAUUUUAAAUGGAUUAUCUUAAAAUCAAUAUUUAGUUAAAUAUUCCUUUGACAGAGCUGUCUCCUUUUAGGCCAUGCUGUAAGUUUCCCAGGAAGGUAGUAUUAAUUUUGUACAGUUAUCCAAUGUUUGUGUUCACAGGUGUAUGUUGUGGGGGGAUGGGGGUUGGGGAGGGUUUGGAGUGCGAUGUAGAGGUGGCGAGGGAGGGAGAGGCAGGAGAAGUUCUAAAUGGGUCAGGUUUGUGAUGGAAAGGAGAGAAAUGUAAGAUCUUGAACUGUAGUGAAAGUAAAAUGUACACUAUGUAUAAACACUUUAUGCUUCAAGUGACAAGAACUGCAAUGUUAUUUUGAAACCCAGAUGAAAAGAAUGAGAAGUUCUAACAUGAGCUUCUAUGUGGCAAAAUUCAGGGCUUGAGAGUAAAGUACUAAAUUGUAUUUCAUGUGACCAGCAAUGUUAACAAUGCACUGUUGCUUAACAAUUAUUAGUAGAUAUAAUUUCAAAUAAAAUUAAUCCACAAGUAGGUAUUUGUGGCGUGACCAACUUUUAUUGUCCA